AUGUUAGGGCGGGUUACUGCUACAGUCCGACCUUCGGCUUCCAAGCUCGCUCCGUCACAUGCAUCAAACUUGAGGGCAGUGCGGAGUAACAGCUCGGCCCAGCUCUUGAGAAGGUCUUCUCAGCGGUCCUGCUUCUCGUCCCUCUCUCAAAAGCCACACAGCCACCCAUCGAACCUCUGCCGAGCUUCCCCAAGCUCCUAUCGAGCAUUCAGCAGCAGCGCAAGGAUGGCUGCAUCUACGAGAACCGAGACCGAUGCCUUUGGGCCUAUUGAGGUCGAGUCGGACAAAUACUGGGGCGCGCAGACGCAGAGAUCGCUAGGAAACUUUAAGAUCAAUCAGCCCCAAGAUCGGAUGCCCGAGGGGAUUGUGCGCGCCUUUGGAAUAUUGAAGGGCGCCGCCGCAGAGGUUAAUAUGCGAUAUGGGCUCGACCCAAAGAUCGGAGAGGCUAUCAAGCAGGCGGCUGCUGAGGUCGCUUCGCUGAAGUUGAUUGAUCACUUCCCUCUGGUCGUCUGGCAAACCGGCUCCGGCACCCAGUCCAACAUGAACGCCAACGAGGUCAUUUCCAACCGAGCGAUUGAGAUUCUGGGCGGCCAAAUGGGCAGCAAGAAACCGGUCCACCCUAACGACCAUGUCAACAUGUCUGCCAGCUCCAACGACUCGUUCCCGACCGUCAUGCACAUUGCUGCGGUUCUCGAUUUCGAGGAGCGGCUGAUCCCGGCUCUGACCAACCUGAGAAACGCUCUGCAAAAGAAAGUCGACGAGUUCAACCACAUCAUCAAGAUUGGCCGCACUCACUUGCAAGAUGCGACCCCGUUGACGCUGGGCCAAGAAUUCAGCGGAUACGUCGCACAGCUCGAUCGCAACCUCGAGCGGAUCCAAGCUACGCUGCCACAUCUGCGCCAAUUGGCCCAAGGUGGCACUGCAGUGGGCACCGGGCUGAACACGUACAAGGGCUUUGCUGAGGGCAUUGCGGAAGAGGUUUCCAAGCUGGCUGGCACCAAGUUUGUGACGGCUCCCAACAAGUUCGAGGUGUUGGCCGCCCAUGACAGCAUUGUGGAAGCCUCCGGAGCCUUGAACACCCUGGCCUGCAGUCUGUUCAAGAUUGCCCAGGACAUCAGAUAUUUGGGGUCUGGCCCACGUUGCGGUCUGGGCGAAUUGAUCCUCCCUGAAAAUGAGCCAGGGAGCAGUAUCAUGCCGGGCAAAGUCAACCCCACGCAAUGUGAGGCUCUUACCAUGGUCGCAGCCCAGGUCAUGGGUAACCACACAGCCGCCACUAUUGGAGGCAUGAAUGGGCAAUUUGAGCUCAAUGUCUUUAAACCUCUGUUGAUCCGAAACCUGCUUCACAGCAGCAGGAUCCUAUCCGACGCAAUGAACAGCUUCGUCGAGCACUUGGUGGAUGGAUUGAAGGCGGAUGAGAAGAGGAUCAGCACUCUGUUGCACGAGAGUUUGAUGCUUGUCACGUGUCUGAACCCGAUCAUUGGCUACGACAUGGCUUCCAAAGUGGCAAAGAACGCCCACAAGAAGGGUCUUACCCUCAAGCAGUCGGCUCUGGAGCUGAACGCUCUGUCAGAAGAGGAGUUUGACAAAUACGUCCGACCGGAACUCAUGUUGGCACCAAAGGAGUACAAGAAAUAG